UUUAGUUGUACUACAAGACUACAAGUGAUAGGUACUAGGUACCGGCCUUCAAUCUUAAUCGUGCCCGUUAUCCACCUCAAACUCUGCAAAAAACAUCGACAAACAACAAUGGGUUGCUUCGAUUGCUUCACCGGAGGAGCAACCAAGCGGAGAGAAGAAGAACGAUUAGCUUCCGAGCAAGCUCGCGCCAUGGCCGCCGAAGCUGCCCAGAAAAGGCAAGAGCAAUUUGAACAAUCUGCUGCAGGAAGAGCUGCGAGGGCUCAGAUGGCAGCAACUGCCAAGCAAUCUGCAAAUACUAACAAAGGAGAACCAGUUCUCAAGUGGCAAAUGGGAUGAUGCUUUCUACUGGAUGCAUUUGUGUAAAGAGUUUGGAAAGGAGAAGAGAAAAAUGUGUAAAGAUGUUCUUAUCCACUUUCUUCUGAUUCCUAACUAUCAAUGUUUAUAAUUGUGAAAAGAUGCUUAAAAGAUUGCAAAAAUGCUCAGGUUCUGCCUCA